UCUUCGGUUGUGAAGAUAGCCUGAUUGGAUCAUUUUAUUUCUUUGGGUUUGACGAACGGUAAAACAACGGUCACAUACUUCCGGAUGCCUCCGCCGGGUGAAGUUUUAAUGAACAGGAGUCGGUCUUGAGCACCAGCAAUGGCUGGAAGACUAGAGCGAAGAUAGAGCAGAAGAGUAGUGCCAUGGAGGAUGCCCAGUCCAGACCUCAUUCAGUGUACUCCACAUACUCACAGAGGACUGAGGAUGCACCAUCCGCCCUGGGAAAUCAUGCUGAACAUCACCUUAUUGUCAAUCAGACAGUCCUCGUGGUUCCGAAGCGCCCAGAGAGCCCCAAUCUGAGUAUGACUGAGGAGACGGCGUAUGUCCCACGACCGGUGUCUUCAGUUGACGCUUACACCAACACAGACCCUCCAUACGAAUACUGCCCAUGGUUCCGCAGACUAUGCCCGUGCCCACCCAGAGGCCUGCUGGCUGCAGUUAUCACCAAAGUGACCAUGGCCGCAGUGCUCUUUGGGGUGGUGUGGUCCAUUACAGAGAAGGAAUGUCUCCCAGGCGGAAACCUCUUUGGCAUCGUGACCUUGUUUAUUUGUUCCGUAGCCGGGGGAAAGCUGUUUGGACGCAUACACUUGCCGAACCUACCACCUUUACCUCCCCUUCUUGGCAUGCUGCUGGCAGGCUUUAUCCUCAGAAACAUCCCUGUGGUGACAGACGCUGUUUACAUUGAUGUUAGAUGGUCCGCUUCUCUGAGGAACAUCGCCCUGGGUGUCAUUCUGGUCAAGGCUGGUUUGCAAUUAGACGGCAAGGCUCUGAAGAAGCUGAAAGCUGUGUGUUUACGUUUGUCCAUGUUCCCUCUCACCUGCGAGGCAGCUACUAUGGCUGUGGUCUCCUAUUUAAUACUGGGACUUCCAUGGAUCUGGGGCUUUAUUUUAGGGUUUGUUCUCGGGGCUGUUUCUCCUGCUGUUGUGGUUCCGUCCAUGCUGCUUCUGCAUAAGGAUGGGUACGGUUUAGAGCAGGGUAUACCUACUCUUCUCAUGGCAGCAUGCAGCAUUGAUGACAUCAUUGCCAUUACCUGCUUCACCACCUGCCUGGGCAUAGCUUUCGCCACAGGCGCCGUGUGGUUAAAUGUGCUGAGAGGACCACUGGAGGUGUUAGGUGGUGCGGUCACUGGUGUGGUCUUAGGGUACUUUCUACAUUACUUCCCUAGCAGAGACCAGGGAAACCUUGUGCUGAAACGUUCGUUUCUGGUGUUGGGGCUGUCUGUGUUUGCAUUGUUUGGCAGUAAUGUGGCCGGGAUUCCUGGCGCAGGAGGUCUUUGUACACUGGUGCUGGCGUUUGUGGCUGGAAUAGGCUGGGGAAAAAAUAAGGCACCCGUGGAGGAGGUGGUGGAAAGGUUUUGGCAUGUGUUCCAGCCUCUUCUUUUUGGUCUCAUUGGUGCCGAGAUUGUGAUUAGUACUUUGGAGGUCACGACUGUGUUUCUGGGUAUAGCAGCUCUGCUCAUCGCACUCACGGUACGGCUGCUCAUCACUUUUGUUUCGGUACUGAGAGCUGACUUUAACCUGAAAGAGAAAAUCUUUAUCGCUGUAGCCUGGAUGCCGAAAGCCACUGUUCAGGCUGCCAUAGGCUCUACAGCUCUUGACAUGGCACGCUCCAAGAAUGACCUUGAGCUGCAGAAGUAUGGCAUGGAUGUCCUCACUGUGGCUGUGCUGUCCAUUCUCAUCACUGCUCCUAUUGGAGCGCUUCUCAUCAGCCUGCUCGGCCCUCGACUCCUGCAGAAACCAAAGAACCCUGAGUGGGCUGUCAGUCAAGGUGCUUUGUCUGCAUCAGGGACACCGGUGACAUAUGAAAGUGCCCUGUGAUGUUUCUGGAUUGCUUCUGGGAAGUGACACCCCAGCAUCCAAAGCUGCUGAUGAUUCUCAAACUCAUUAUUACUACAACCCUCUGAAGUCGGAGUGGGAAAGUGGGCGGACAUGCUUUUCAGAUGAAGAAACCCAACUGUUUUUUAACCUUCUAAGGUGAAUGAAAAUCACUCAGAACAUUUCUCAUUUCAAGUUCUUAUUCUACUCUAAAACAUGGGAUUUUAAAGGAUUAAGUUAUGUUAAGGAUUGACCAUUUUUAGCACUAUCAAGUACAAAAACUGUUGUUUAUGAAUAUUAUACAUUUUUUAAAUAUAAAAUUAGAAAUAUACCAGAUAUCAAUUUAUCAGUGUGCAGCGACUGCAUGUUAGUGUUAGUCAAAUAGUGGCCAGUGUUAUGACUAUGUUCAGAAUGGAAUACUAGCUUUGUUUACUUUGCUGUAUUGUAUACAGCCUUUUAGUUACAUUUUUAUUGUUAAAAUGUCACACAACCUGACUUUUGGUGAUGGAUGGUACCAAAGGAAUCGUCCCAGUACUAACCAGUAAAACAUUGACUUAUUGUUAUGCUGCUCAAACAUUUAAAAUCAGUCUGAUCAGAUAAAGAGGCUAGAAAGUAGAAAGAAAAGUCAUAUAUUUCCCUUUGCACAGUUCAUCAUGGUAUUUUUUUUUUCAUGAACAAUAUUUAGUGUAAUUUUGUAAUGUUUUUUUGUUUGUUUUUUCAUAAAAUGUGUAUUUGAAUGUUAUAGACACAUGUGAAGGGAACAGUAUUAGUCGAUUAACUUUACUGCUUGAAUUUUUACAAGAUUUUGUAUUGUGGUUUUGUCUCAAAAUAAGAGUAUUGGUAAUGCUGCAUACAGUCAUUCUUACUUUAAGCUAUUAAAUGACUACUGUUAAGCGUAUUAGACUUUUAUUUUUAUAUUGUAUGGUGUAUGUGUAGUUUUUUUAAUUUAUUCAAUGUAUUGCUGCAGAAAAUGAAAGACAUGCCUUGUUAGUAAAUGAAAGGCAAAACCCCCUGCUUGCAUUUUGGAAGCAUAUCUUGAUAUAUCAUCUAAGGCAAAACAGAUGCAAAUAAGCAUCACUGUUACUUUAAAGACAUGGUGCAUCAGUGUAGUUGCACUAUUGUGUGUUUUAGGAAAAGUACACGGAAGAAAUAAAUAGACUGUUACAUCACA